GGCUGCGUCGUUCUGGCGCGUAGGGCGGGAGAGCGGCCGGCCGGCGAGGGGAGCCACGGAAUUAGCCGUCGGACGGAGGUGCUCCAGUUUUGCUGCUGCAACAUGGCCGACGAGGACGACAUGCUUAAGGGCAUCAAGGGCGAGUUGUCGCCGAGCGAUCGCGGCAGGGCGCCGCUCGCCACCCUCGAGACCGAACUGACCUUUCACCUUCGUGAGCCAGACGAGGUGCUCGUCCGACCGGCCGUCCGACGCCGAACGUCCCACUCGAGGGACAGGGCGGCCAGCAAGGAGGCUCGCAGACGGAAACGCCUGGCCGAAAUCCAACAGCUGGAACAGGAAGAGGAACGAGUCCCAACUCCUCUGCCACCCCCGGAACCUGCCGAGGACCAAAUCAAAGAGGAAGAUGAGGAAGCCGAAGAUCAAGAGGGGUCGAGUGAAAAGCAGGAAGAAGCUCAAGACGAAGAGGAAAGACCGGGAUUUUUCGACAGCUACUUCGAAAUGAUGUUUGAGGCUCGGCACGUUUGGCCGCAGUUCAAGGCUGAUAACGCCGAGGAGUGGGAAAAGCUUAAGAUCGAGGCCAACAGGUGUUUCUGCGCCUUCGUGAUUCUCUUCCUCUUCUGCGGCUUUGGCGGAUUCGUCUUCCGCUUCAUCGAGAGCACAUUUGAACAGUUCUACAAAUGCGGGGUCAAGCGGGUCAAAAGGGAUUUCAUCGAAAACCUGUGGGUCAAGAGUCAACAACUGCGCGAGGAGGAGUGGAAGUCAAUGGCGCGCAGGAAGUUGUGGGAGUUCGAGGACCAACUCCAGGUCGCCUUUGACGCCGGAAUCAACACCUACUCCGGCAAGCGCUCCUGGAGUUUCCUCAACUCGGUCGUCUACUGCAUCACAGUGGUCACCACAAUUGGCUAUGGUCACAUUGUGCCUUCGACAAACACAGGAAGGGCGGUCACCAUCAUUUACGCAAUUUUUGGCAUCCCAUUAUUUUUGAUACUGCUGGCUGACUUUGGUAAGAUGUUCACCAGGGCCAUGAAGUUCCUGUGGGCGUUUGUCCGCAGACUUUAUUACACCGGCAGCUGUAGGAAAGUCAGGCACACCGGGCCUGUUCAGGACAUGAUGAAAGGAGUUCAAAUGGUGUAUGACAUCGCCCGUUUCCAGAAGAAGCCUGGCGACACCAACGGCACCAACCGUGGUAUCAACGGCGCCGACCCUGAGGAGGCUGGUGCGCAAAUGCAGGAGCUGCUGGGGGUGCCAGGUACGGGUGGAGAACCACCAACACCUGCUCCCAGCAACUUCUGCAUUGAUGACGAGUUCAACCUGCCCAUAUCCGUGGCAUUCGUCAUACUGGUCAUCUACAUAUUGGUCGGUGCCUCCCUGUACUGCAUCUGGGAAGAGUGGUCAUUUUUUGAGGCUUUCUACUUUGUUUUCAUUUCCAUGUCAACCAUCGGAUUUGGAGAUUACGUCCCCAAUCAUCCCAUGUUUAUGAUGGGCUCGAUUGUUUACCUGGUCUUUGGCCUGGCUUUGACCUCUAUGUGCAUAAAUGUCGUUCAGGUGAAGUUGUCCGACUCGUUCAGACAAGCCAGUUCCAAAAUAGGAGCCUCCUUUGGCCUGAGACUGGCAGCAGCGGCCGCUGAAGAAGAGGCGGCCAGAAACACUCCCGGCCAAGUCGAAUUGGCCGAGGUCCAUCACCCAGCGGCCAAGAAAGCCAGCGAAGAAAAUUUGGAUGGUCUCAGUGUGGAGACCCAGUGAUAAAUUAUUCAAAAUUCACCCAUUGAAUUUUGACGAUUUUUGAGAUUAAAUUUGAACAGACUGAGCGAGUGUGUGUGAGUGAAAGGGGCCCUUUUCAUUAUUGCGGCUUGUGAUUAUUGUUUUGAUUGCACAAAUAUGUUUAGAAAAUUUAGCGUCCUGGUUUUCAUUUAUAAAAGAUUAAGUGCCUUGACGGUGUGUGCUCACUCGCGGAUAAAGGUUGAUUAUUAUGCCAGAUAAAAUACAAGUUUCAAUGUCACAAAAUAAAUGACUUCUAACCUAUGAGGAGUGCUGACGAUUAUUUGAAAAAUACGCUUACCAAAGAUAAAAUGAUGCAAAUAAAUCUUAUUCUACAUCUUAAUAAUUCAAAUGAGUUUC